CCUGCAGCCUCUGCCCCAGGUACCAUGAAGAUCUCCGCAGCUGCUCUCACCAUUGUCCUCACUGCUGCCACCCUCUUUGCUCCUGCAUCUGCCUCCCCACAUGGCUCAGACACCACUCCCUGCUGCUUUUCCUACCUCUCCCUUGCGCUGCCUCGUGCCCACGUGAAGGAGUAUUUCUACACCAGCAGCAAGUGCUCCAACUCUGCCGUCGUCUUUGUCACCCGAAGGAACCGUCAAGUGUGCGCCAACCCGAAGAAGAAGUGGGUUCAGGAAUACAUCAACUAUUUGGAGAUGAAGUAGAAGUGAGGGUUUCUUGAGCCUGCUCCUGUAUAGCUUACCUGUCACUGCUCGCUCCAGUGCUAAUCUGCUUGCUGCUCAGAAACCCCCUGCUCCACUCAUUCCUAGGGGUGCAGAGAUGCUACCAUACCAUAGAGAUUCUAACAGUGUCCUCUCCUAGAGCCUGGGAGGUCUACUGAGGCCUUGCCCCAUGACAACAGGAAGGCUCCAGACUCUAAGCUCCACAGCUUGGUUUUGAGACCAGAAAAGAAGCCCGAGUAUCUCUCAAAAACAAAAGAAGGAAAAUGGA